AUGGUCACGUGUUAAACAAAAUGGCCGCCGAGAUCAAGCCCACCGGAGUUGGUACAAAUGGAAAUGUUAGAAAACCUGUUCUUGUGAACAAAAUAGAGGGCCAUAGUAAUGAUGUCAACAUGGCUUGCAUCAUCCCCCGUGAAGAGGGGGUCAUCUCAGUCAGCGAUGACAAGACUGUGCGUGUCUGGCUGCGGAGAGAUACAGGACAGUACUGGCCCAGCAUCUGCCAUACCAUGUCAGCUGCGGCUUCAAGCAUGGUGUACAAUGGUGAGACACGGAGACUGUUUGUGGGACUGGACAAUGGCACCAUAACUGAGUUCAUACUCAGUGAAGAUUUCAACAGAAUGGUCCAUGUCAGAGAUUAUCUAGCUCACCAGAGCCGGGUAGUGAGUGUGAAGUUCUCACUGCAGCGUGAGUGGUUGCUAAGCUGCGGAAAGGACAAAUACUUCCAGUGGCACUGCUCGGAGACCGGGCGCAGGCUAGGGGGCUACCAGGCAUCCGCGUCGUGCCUGUGUCUUGAAUUUGAUGAGCAGUCCAACUAUGUGUUUGUUGGAGAUUAUUCCGGGCAGGUGUCCGUCCUAAAAAUAACAAAUCAAAACUUCAACCAUGUCACCAACCUAAAAGGACACUCGGGAAGUGUACAAAGCCUUGCCUGGGACGCAGACCGUAAACUGUUGUUCUCUGGCAGCUUUGACAACAGUGUCAUUGUCUGGGACAUCGGGGGAAAACAGGGCACGGCCUUGGAACUGCAGGGACACAAAGAGCACGUGCAGGCGCUGGCGUACUCCCCAGCCAGUAAACAACUCCUCUCCACUGGUGAAGACAAAGUACUGGGCAUCUGGGACAUGGAGGCCAACAGGAUAGAGACACCAGAGUGGGCCGAAAACAACCACUGCCAGAAGUGUGAGAAGCCCUUCUUCUGGAACCUGCGUCGCAUGUGGGAGGACCGGACUAUUGGCAUCAGACAGCAUCACUGUAGGAAGUGUGGUAAGGCAGUGUGUGAGAAGUGCAGCAUGAAGAGAUCCACCCUGCCCCCCAUGGGAUACGAGUACGAAGUGCGGGUGUGUGACGACUGCUUUGAGAAGAUCACCGACACAGAACGUGCCCCACUUGCUACAUUUCAUGAUGCCAAGCACGCCGUUAUACACAUGCACUUAGAGGAAACUAGAAAACGACUUUUAACAGUAGGGAAAGAUAGGGUCAUAAAGAUUUGGGAUUUGAUGAGCGUCCUACACUAGGCUACACAGCAGUAGAAGUUUAGAAGAUCAUGUGAUUAUUAGAAUAAACUCCACUUGAAUGCUGUUGGUGAUGUGAGGUUGCAAUUUUUAAGUGUGUGAAGGAGUUAUACAUUGUGUUUACUGCCUGAUUUAUACAUUGUUUGUAUAAAGUACAAGAUUGCAAGAAAUUGUAGAGAUACGGAACAGACUUGCAGUAGUGUCACAAUAUUACAUUUUACCUUUUUCUCUAUUGAUGUAUACAAAUACACAAAACACCAUGAAGUCAUGCAUAUGAGCCAUGCGCUGGAUAAAUGGGCCUUAAUGCAUGUGUGUAAAGUGUCGUCCCAUAUUGGCCGGCGAGGUCCACUAAGGCUGUUAAGGAAUGACACAUUAUGCUUUAAUGGCAUUUGUCAUUAAAAGAAAGUCUCUUCCAAGCGAAACUCUAGUUAAGGAGCAAAUUGUUGUCCCUUAUUGUUUUGUGCGUACUGGUCAGUCUAAUAUGUGACAACACUUCACGCAAAGUCCUGUUAGCCCACAAAACUGCUUAUAUAAAGUAUAAGAUUGCAAAAACUGUAAGACCUUUUGGAAUAGACUCCCCAUAGAGUCACAAUAUUACAUUUAUAUUUAACUUGUCACUUUUUUCUCUAUAGAUGUAUACAAAUACAUAAAAACACCAUGAAUAUCCAUGUUUUAUUUACCUUGUUUAUUGUUUCAUAAUAAUUGUUGUUUGAUAUGUGUAAACUAUAGGUUGUAUCAUUAAAAAAUGCAGUUGCAGGUAUGUGACAUUUAACACAUUAAAUACAGUUUUUGAGACAAACCUAUUUCAAAACAAGGUGGUAUUUUAAUACAUACAUCAGUUAUUAAAAGAUUGACUUUGUAUAAGUCUGUUUAAAAGAAUGACAAUUUUCACACUAAAUCUAUUAUGAUAAAAUGAUUUGUACGUUUUAUUCCAUUUUUGAAUUUCAAUUAACACUUAAUUAAAGAUAUCUGAUGAUGAUUAUAAUAAUGAUGAUGCAAGACUACUUUGCUUCAGUUAUAUUACAGUGACUUUUUUUAUUUAUAAUUUAAUGUGUGUGCCUUUAGGAUUGGGCGUGAUAAAUCAUGAAAUUGGUAAAAAUGAACCAAUAUUGAUAUUAUUAUAAAUAACAUUAUUCCAAUUGUUUAUAAGUGCAUGUUAAACUGCUUUUUAAACUUUAUGUCAAAAGGGCUACAUAAUUAUAUUCCUGUAUAAUACACUAAUACACUAAAUACACCAAUUAUUGAGUUUACUUGAAAUGUUUGGCAUCUUUUGGGGGAAUUGAACCUGUAUGUAUGAGGCUAUAAUUUUUGGCAAAAAAAUCACUGUAUUAUCAUAUUGUUGAAAUCCUAUUUACACACAAUCCGUAGAUUUACACUUCUGUUUAGUGGAUCAUUUUCAUGUUGACAGCUUUGUUAUUAGUUUCUUAGAAUGAAUUUUAGAUUGAAUUAGUCUGGAGUUGAAACUGCUUGUAAAUCUGUGUAUAUAAAAUUAUUCAUUGAUGUAGAUUAUGUCUUCUAUGUCAUUACUUUAAAAAAAAUGUAUAAUGAUGUGUACAUAAUGUGUUUUGGGCCAUAGUAAUAUGGAUUUGUAUAGGGUACCAGAAGUUAUGUCUAAUAUUCAUUUCUUUGCGCUGAGGCUUGGUGCCUUUAUCUUUCUGACAGUUUGUGCUAGUUUGUCACUGUAUACUGUCCUGCAUUGUCUUUCCUUUUGUAACACUGUCUUUUGAAGCAAUAAGCUGUGUUUAUUCCCCUGGAUCGAAUGAUUGGGGGUAUAUUGUUUUUGGCCUGUCUGUCUGUCAUUCUGUCUCAAAACUUUAACCUUGGUCAUAACUUUUGCAAUAUUGAAGAUAGCAACUUGAUAUUUGGCAUGCAUGUGUAUCUCAUGGAGCUACACAUUUUGAGUGGUGAAAGGUCAAGGUCAUACUUUAAGGUCAAACGUCAAAUAUAUGGCUUCAAAGGGCAGUAGGGGGCAUUGUGUUUCACAAACACAGCUAAUUUUGUAACUUAACAUAUCUUAAAUUGUCUUAAAGGGGCCUUUUCAACGUUGGCACCUGUUAUAUGGUGCUCUUGUUGUGAUUACUGAUGCAUGCUUGGACAAAACAUGUUCAGUAUUUUAUAAAAUAAGUCAAAAAUAGUUACAAGUUUAUAAGGUAUAUUUUAUUUAAUUAUUUCUAAGUAAAAUAAUAAGAAAUAUAAAUAAAUUACUCAUGACACCUAUCAUGUCGCUUUUAGCAUUGGGAGAGAAUUUUUGAACUAAAAACUGUGUGUUAAGUUUUAAACAAUUUGGAACAGAAUAGAACAUUUCCAGAAUUUAGCCACAUUAUGGAAAAAUGGGGUUUAAUGCAUGUGCGUAAAGUGUUGUGCCAUAUUAACCAUUCAGUCAGCACAGGCAGUUCAAAAAGAAAAUUGAGUUUAGGGGGGAAAGUGUUUUUCUUGAUAAGCCCUGUUUUCGCAGAAUGCGCUCAUGUGUGAAGCAUUAGACCAGGGCUGUUGAAUCAGCACCUCCAAUAAUCUAGUCACAGAUGCAUGCUAUUUUAAACCACAUUUAUUAUAUCAGGAUUCUUACAUGUCCAGUGCUGAUUUAAGUUAUAAAAAAAAACUAAUAAAAUAUUUUCAUUUUAACCUCAAUUUGUAAUUAAGUUAUAUACAUAAUGUUUGUUAUUUGUUAUGGUCAUAAGUUACUGGUGUUGGCAAAGGUACCAGAUGUUACGGGCAAUGUUUUUGUCACAAGCAUUGUAUUGGUAAAUAUAAUCUUUAAUGGUAAGCUUGAUGCUUGUUGUUUUGAGAUGGGUGUUAUAACAUCUACAUACUCUUUCUUACAUACAUUUCCCAUAAACAUUUUUGUAAGUUUUGUUAGCAUAUGUGUACCAAUUUCUUAGUAACAUUUAAAAAAAAUAUGAUUUACUUUUAUUGUAUUUUUUCUAAAAAAUUUAUUUGUAGAUACGAGUCAGUGACUAGUUUCAAAGAUUGUAUCAAAUAUAUGUAUAGUUUCUUUUUUUCAGUAUUAAAACUUUUUUAUAUAAAACUUGUUGAUGUCUCUUAUUUUAACUUGCUAUAGUGGGUGGCAUUAAAGAACACAGGUUAUGUCACACUUAUAAUUGGAGUAAUAUAAUUCAUUAGGAACUUAUACUAGUACUUGUUAGUAAUAAUUUUUAGUACUUUUUAUGCUUUAUGUGUUCUUGUUACAAACCGUGAUAAUCACCAAUGCAUGUAUGAACCAAAAUGCAUCCAACUUAUGGGAACACGUAAGUAACAUAGAUCUCUAACUUGAAGCACAAUAUUCCUGUAACUGAAAAAAGUAUUUUGUUUGUUGUAUUGUGUAUGUUGUGGGUUUUUUUGCUGAAAGACAAUUAAUUUUGAAUUUCAUGAUAUUCGAACUUUGCUUAAGGUUACACAUUUGUCAGAAUUUAUAGUAUGUAGAGUGUGCAAAAAACUAUUCUGUAAAAAAAACACCUGAUAAGCCGUUAAGGGACAUAACUGUUUUAUCUUAUUUUGUUGUAACCAAAGGUAUAUUGGCAUGUUUCCGGAUAUUCUUAUUCAUUACUGGGUUGUAUGUAUGCCAAACAUGCUAAUAAGUUUUCACACUUGAUUGAACCACACUCAUGGAAAUUCAGGUUUUAUGCAUGUGCCUAAAGUGCCGUCCUGGAUUAGCCUGUGCCUAAAGUGUCGUCCUGGAUUAGCCUGUGCCUAAAGUGUCGUCCUGGAUUAGCCUGUGCCUAAAGUGUCGUCCUGGAUUAGUCUGUGCAGUCGACAAUUUAUGUUUUGGGAGAUGUUUCUUUUUGUAAUGGAAAAUCCAUUCUAAGCCAACAGUUCAGCCUUGAUUAAUCUGUGAGGACUGCACAGGCUAAACAUGAACGGCACUUUACACACAUGCAUUAAGCCCCCUUUUUCCAGAGAGAGGUUCAGUUAACUGUUAUAAAACAUUAUAUAAACUGGAGGAAACAACAUAGACUCUACAUGUAUUAUUUUCAGAAAUCAAUGUGCUGUUGUUGUUGAUGUAGCAUAAUGACUUGUAACGUCAUGUGUCAUUACGUAUGUACAUGUGUAUGUGCAAUGCUAUUUAUGUGUAGAUACAGUUGGCUUAUUUCAAAAUAAAAUUCUUCUUCCAAUACAUA